AUGAGUUCCCGGGCGUACCAGCUGGAAAUGCUGGACCAAUCGCUCCAGCGGAAUGUUAUUGUUGCUAUGGACACGGGAAGCGGAAAGACACAAGUUGCCGUGCUCCGCAUAAAGGCCGAAUUAGAGAAAUGUCCCGCUGACAAAAUGGUCUGGUUUCUUGCCCCGACUAUCUCCCUGUGCGAGCAGCAAUGCGAAGUCAUUCGACUCCAGAACUCUGCGGCUCCCAUCAAGGUGCUGACUGGCAAUCAAGGGCUCGAUAGCUGGUCCCGGGAUACAUGGGACACCAUCUUAGACGGAACUCGCAUCGUUGUCUCUACCUUUCAGGUAUUGUUGGAUGCACUAACUCAUGCUUUUGUCAAUAUGGACAUGCUUGCCCUCUUGGUGAUUGAUGAAGCCCACAACUGCGUUCGCAACUCCCCUGGUUGCAGCAUUAUGAACAAGUUCUAUCACCCCAGAAAAGAUUCCAAAAUUUCGGUACCAGCAAUCCUAGGGUUGACUGCCAGUCCCAUCAUGCGAUCAAAUCUCGAAGGCAUCAAGGUGCUCGAAUCGACGUUGGACGCCAUCUGCAUCACCCCGACGCUGCAUAGGGACGAGCUUCUGAGGUGUGUCAACAAGCCGGAACUCUCUUAUUCGGAAUAUGAAUCCGUCGAGUAUCCCGAGCACACUGCCAUUAUGAAGUCCUUGCGUCUGGUGCACAAGAGCAUCGACAUCAAGACUGACCCGCAGAUGCUCAGACUUCUCGCUGACGGUAGUGAGAGAGGCCGACGCGAGUUUCGUCAGGCCAUACUCAAGUACGAUACCUAUACCCAAAACCAGAUGAAGGGGUUCUGGGGUCGAGCCAAGGAAAUACUCCGCGAGCUUGGUCCCUGGGCUGUCGACCAUUACAUCUCAAAGGCCAUUGGCGACUUUGAGGAACGCAUUGAAUCGGCACAGGCGGGCCAAGGCGGGUUGGAGAACGAGAACAAGACUUAUCUCGCUCGGUUCCUCCACAAAGUUGCACGAAACUCGGCUCUAAUCCCCCCAGCGGAAUCUUCCGACCUCUCUGAGAAAGUCAGACUUCUCAUCAAGGUGCUACUAUCGGCUGGAGACAACGUGGUCGGCAUCUUAUUCGUUAAAGAGCGAGCUACGGUUACCAUCAUCACUGACCUGUUAGCAACGUUCCCGGACAUACGUAAGAAGUAUCGUAUUGAAACCAUGGUCGGCACCUCUAACUUCCAUACUCGCACCAAGAAUGUCUACGACUUCAAAAAUGACGUGGGUCUUUCCGCACUCCAGGAUUUCCGGUCGGGCAAGAUCAAUCUGCUCGUAGCGACCAGCGUGUUGGAAGAGGGCAUCGACAUCCCCGCUUGCAACCUGGUUGUCUGCUUCGACAAGCCAGCAAACCUCAAGUCAUUCAUUCAGCGCCGUGGCAGAGCUCGGAUGAAGGAGUCCAAGUUGGUACUUCUCCUCGAGCGGUCCGCCAAGGGCCCGCCUGAAUGGGAGGCCCUGGAAGAUGAAAUGAAGAAGCAAUACCAAGAGGACAAGGAGGAGCAGCGCCGUAUCGAGGAGCUGGAGAAGGAGGAGAGCACGGGUUCAAUCUCAUUUGUGGUAGAGUCCACCGGUGCGCGACUCGAUCUCGACUCUGCCAAGCAACACCUGGAACACUUCUGCCGAGUCCUAUCACAGGGAGAGUUCAUCGACUGCCGACCCGAUUACAUCAUCCAUCGAGUCUCUCACGAGGACGAUUCACCAGUCACAGCUAAGGUGCUACUGCCAUCAUUCUUGCCGCCAGAGUUACGCCAGGCGCAGAGUUCCCGAGCAUGGAUGUCGCAGAAGAACGCGACGAAAGAGGCUGCCUUUCACGCAUACAUUGCCCUGUACAAGGCUGGCUUGAUAAACGAAAACCUUCUCCCGAUCAAGGACGGACCUCCGGAAGAGCGAAUAUCCCCACAGACUCAUGCACCACCACUUAACCCGUGGAAGGAGAUUGCCCAGGUUUGGCAAGGCACCGAAGCGAAGACGAAAUGGGUUCUUCCACUGAGCUUUCAUGACGAGUCUGGCAACUGCCUAGGACAGUACCACAUCACCCUCCCAGUUCAAAUCGACCAACCUCGGCCCAUCAAGAUCUAUCCCGAAUGGGGCGUUGAAUGGGGGCUCAGUUUCGGUCCUGGGCGGAUGUGCUCGGAUGACGAAGCGGCAGCCCUGCCAGACCACACAUCAGAUCUCCUUGCCCUGCAUUUCGCGCAUCGGUGGGAAGUGGAAGACCGCCCGCAUGUGCUGAAAUUUUCUUCCAAUGACAAGCACCUUUUGAAGAAAGAUCAAGCGAGAUCCGUCCCCUUUGAUCCUCAGAUACAUGAGAUACAGAUGCCAUACCUUGUCCGGGACAAGUCGAAAUGCCCGUUCGAGUACACUGGCAUCAUACCAUCCAAACCGCCGAUCGAGGAAGUGCAAAACCCAUUCUACGAGUACGAAGCCGCGCCCAAGGAUGGCCCAUACCUCACCCUUAAGAAGACGACACGACGAGCCGACUUCCUCCACCGCAUGCAUUCGGACCCGAGAAAGCAGCUGACUAGUUCGAAGCCGUAUACCUGGGUUCUCCCCAUGUCAUGGGCGACUGUGGACACCAUUCCGAAGCGGUUUGCCCAAUUUUCCAUGCUGAUUCCGUCGGUGAUCCACGAGCUGGAGGUCCUGAUAAUUGCAACCCAGCUGUCGGAGAGCAUCCUGAAGCCAAUCGGUCUUACCAAUCCGCAACGAGUGCUCGAGGCGAUUAGCUCUCGUGCCGCAUCUGAACCGGUUGACUACGAGAGACUCGAGUUUCUCGGAGACUCGAUCCUGAAAUUUUGCGUCGUCGUCCAGGCAUCCGCCAAACACUUGCGGUGGCCAGAAGGUUAUCUAUCGUGGUUUAAAGAUCGACAUGUUUCGAACUCUCGGUUGUUGGGCGCUUCGGUCGACACCGGCUUGUCCAAGUUUGUUCUAUCCAAACCAUUCACAGGCCAAAAAUGGAGGCCAAUCUAUGUAGACGACAAUCUCGAGCAAGAUUCGCUGGUACCGCAACGAAUUUUGCCCUCAAAAACCCUUGCAGAUGUGGUGGAGGCGCUUAUUGGGGCUUCCUAUCAAGACGGAGGGAUCCCGAAGGCUCUGAAGUGCAUCUCCGUGUUUCUCGCGGAAGAUGCAGACGGAAAAAUCGAUUGGUUCGAUGAGAAAGAAGGACGAGCGAUUCUCUUUAACCAUGCUACUAGCGACGUCGAACUUCCGCCUUCCCUGGAGCUUCUAGAGGAACUGAUCGGGUAUACCUUCCAGAAGAAGUCACUGUUGAUCGAGGCCAUGACCCACGGAUCGUACGCGGCCGACACCCACUGGCGGUCUUUUGAGCGGCUCGAGUUCCUUGGAGAUGCGAUCCUCGACUACAUCAUCGUCACGAAGGUGUUUAACGUGCAGCCCGCGCUGCCUCAUUCUCACCUACACAUGAUCAAGACGGCCAUGGUCAACGGAGACUUUUUGGCGUUCGUCGGCCUCCAGCACGGCCUGAAGAAGAAGGAGACCGUUACUCAGGAUGAUGCGAGCAUCGGAACGCGAGACGUCACUUAUCCACUGUGGAAGUUCAUGCGACAUGCGAUGCCAGCUAUUGGAAUCGAGCAGGCGGCCAUGUCAAAGCGAUUCGAAGCACUGGGGCCCCCCAUUGUUGAGGCGCUCGAGAAAGGGACGCACUACCCAUGGGCCUCGCUGGCCCGCCUCCGCGCGAGGAAGUUCUAUUCCGACCUCUUCGAGGCUCUCCUCGGCGCUGUGUGGGUCGACUCGGGCUCUAUGGAAGCCUGCGAGGCCAUGCUUCAUAAAUUCGCCGUGCUGCCAUACCUAGACCGCAUCAUCCGCGACAAGGUCCACGUGCAGCAUCCGAAAGAGGAGCUCGGCAGGCUGGCCAUCAACGAGAAGGUCCACUACAUGUACGACGUGAUAGAGGGCAGCGACGGCGAGCGCGAGUACCGCUGCACGGUGCAGGUCGGCGGCCUGGUUGUGGCCAAGGUCGAGGGCGGGGUGAACAAGGAGGAGGUGAUGACCAAGGCUGCGGAGCAGGCUGUCAGGUUCUUAACGGAGGCCAAGACGAUGGUAGAUUGA